AAUACUCGUCGUCUCUUUCAAAUCGAAACUCCCAAAUCAAAACGAGACGAUUUGUUUUGCUCAUUCACUGAUUCACUUUGCAGUUCGAUUUGCGUGUGUGAGAGAGAGCGAUGAACGGGAACAAAGCUGGGGCAUCUCUGGAUUCCUUGAUGUCUUCCUUCAACGCUCGAAUAACGCAGCUUCAGGAGCUUGUCAUUGCACGGAACAUGUACCCUGCUAGCAGUAUCGCGGAUCUAUCGGCGGUGGAUGCGGCGGUGAGCGCGAUGGAGCUUCAGGUGAAGGCCAUCAAGGACCGGUUGCGCGAAGAGACGCAAGCCAUUCCCAAAACAAAGAAACUAAUUGAUGCAUCACUGAGACAGCAAAAGAAACUGCAGAGUAUGUCUCUUCAUGUUCCCUCCCAAAUGGUUGAUAGAGUGACAGUGUCACACUUAGAAACUAGUAGAUGUUUGUUUCCUGAAUUUUCUGGACAAGACUCUGGAUCAUUUGAGGCCUUGAAACUUGACGAGGAGCCUAACGCAGUACCUAAGGAGAAAAAGGGUCGUGGUUCUCCACCAACGUGGUAUAUUACUGGAAGUGAGUUAGAUUCUUUGUCAUCAUAUAUGAGAGGCAGGCUUACACUAGAGAAGGUGAAUGCAGCAAUCAAUGAUAUGGUGUCUUAUGCUGAAGCAAAUUCUCAACUUAUCGUAGCCCCAAAAAAGAAGUUGGCGGAAAAUCUUUGGGAAAAAGCCCUGGAAAUAAGAGAUAUUGCGACCAUGGAAGGGAUUAAGGGAAAACACUUUUUUCUUGAAGCUGACAUAAAAGGACCAUCGCUGAAACUUGACAACACUGGAAAAGCAAUACUGACAGUUCUUCGUCACCUUGGUCGAAUCAAUGAGACUCGUAUUGGACAUAAUCGGGUCAUCAUUCUACAGAAGCCCCACUAAUUGCCUGGUUAUCUCAGUGAUUUAUGUGACAAUAAUAAAGCUUGGAAACCAUAGCCAAUCAGCCAAAGAAGCAAAGGAGGCAAAGAAAGGAAGCCAGCUAACACCCGCUGCCAUUUACCAGCGUUCCAACUUUUAAAGCACGUUUUUUAUGUUUUUCUUGUAUGGAACGUGCAACUCAAGCUUGGUAGCAUUUCCAGCACAUUUAUCUUGUCAUUGUCGUAGCUUGCUAGGCACUUUAGAGUCAUUUCUUCCUCUAUAAAAGAGAGACUCUCCUCUUUGUAAAUUCAACUUGAAUGUAAUAGAGAAACGUUGUUGAUUUUCUUCCAGCCACUCUUACUGAGUUCAC